CUGCUUCCAUACUAACUAGGUUGGUAUUACUACUCCAUCAUACUUCAUCAUACAAAGUGGAGUACCAUAAAAAACUACAAUAUCGGUUUUUCUAUUAUAUUGUCAGUCAGUUGGAUAUGAUGCUACCCGUUCAUCUACCGAUCGGUACUUACGGCCAACUCCAUUGCCGGGCGGAUAAACUCACAUCCCCCGGUAGUUCUUCCCUCCCACCCCAUAUCAAGAUAGUGCAUGCAUGCCAUGUAUAGACUCACCAGAUUCACCAGGUUAACUACCAUCAAACCCCAAUUCCCAAAAUACACACACUCCCCUAUACAAACCAGAACAAUGCGUCUCCCCUACGCCCCCAACACGCCCCCCGCAGACUCCCCCGCGGAAACAUCAGACAUCUACGCCCGCAUCGCCGCCCGCCGCAACCCGCGCCCCCUCAUCCCCCUCGAUCUCUCCCUGCUGCACUCCCCGCCUGUCGCGGACGGCUGGAACAGCUUCAUCGGCGCCAUCCGCUCAAAGACAAUCCUCGAUGGCGGACUGAUGGAAUUGGCCGUUUGCCGGGUUGCCGUGCUCAACGACGCCGUGUAUGAGUGGAAUGCGCAUGCACCGCUCGCGCUGAAGGGGGGCAUCAAGCCGGCUGAAUUGGCGGUGUCGAUGACGCUGCCUUCGACGGCGAAUUCGGAUGGGGAGGUGCUUAAGGCGCUGGAGGACAGCUGUCUGACGGAUGCGGAGAAGGCGGUGAUUCGGUAUACGGAUCAGAUGACGCAGACCGUCAAGGUUGAGGAGGGGGUGUUUGGGGCGUUGAAGACGGUGGGAUUCUCCGAGAGAGAGAUUGUCGAAUUGACGACGGGCGUGGCGGGGUACAACUGUGUCAGUCGGUUUUUGGUGGCGUUGGAUGUGGGUGAGAAUAAUGAUAAGAAGAUGAAGUCGGUGGACGAGUUGGUUGCCGCUUUAUAAGAUAUAUGAUAAUGAGCAUUCUCACUACAGACACGCAAAUACCAAUGAAUACGAAGCAUAUCAAUCUGACAAUGACAUGGCUAAUUGCCUCUAUACACUCCG